GUUCCACUAUAUUAAGGGCCGUCUGCCCCCCGAUGGGUUAAAACGGACAGAUUUCGGGCGUGCGUCUGACGUUGUGGUGCGUCCCUGGUGUAAAAACAAUGUUGGGCUUUCGCGAUCUACCGUAAUCGAAGAUUACCCGGUGCCGCCUCCACUCCUGGGCUUGAAUCGCAUGAUGUAG